AUGAAUGCCUGGUGUGCCCUCACCUUCUUCUGGUUGGCAUAUUUCUGGCAUGGCACACUGUCCUGCCCGGCUCUUUGCAAAUGCUAUCCCAGAAGAGCUGAGGUGGUCUGCAAUGAGGUUUCCCUGACAGAGUACCCCACUGAGGGUCUCCCAAAGAACACCGUCCUGCUCACAAUCCAGUUCACAAACAUCACCUCAAUCUCCGAGUGCCAUCUGAAUGCCACACCCCUGCUGCAAGAGCUCCACUUGUACAGUAACCACCUGCAAAACCUUUCCCCUCAUCUUCUCAGGGGUGUUCCUCACCUCCACACUUUGGAUCUCACCGGAAACCAACUGACAGACCAGCCAGCAGAUGUUUUUAGCCACACCGCGCUCCGGAGCUUGGUGCUGAAGAAUAAUCUGAUUGAAAAUGCAGAUGCCGAGUGGCUUCCUGAUAACAGCAGCCUCACCUGGCUGGACUUAUCUGGAAACCGUCUGACAAAGAUCCCAACUGCUUUGCUCCAGAAGCUGCCCCGUCUGGAGAUUCUGGACCUUUCCAAUAACCAGCUGGAGAAGAUCUCUGCAAAUUCUCUGGACUCACUGACCAAGCUUGAAAGGCUAAACCUGCAGAACAACAAGGUAGACAUGCUGGAUGCAUCAGUACUUCAGCACACCCGUAACCUCACCUACCUGUUCCUCUCUCACAACAAGCUUGACAAACUCUCCCACAACCUUUUUCAAGAGCUCGCUCAGCUCAGAGUUCUGAGUCUGGAGGAAAAUCAGCUGAGCCACAUCCCUUCAGGUUUGCUGGACCAGCUGAGCUCCCUGGAUGAGCAGGGGUUGGACCUGACCAGCAACCCCUGGCUGUGUGAUACGAAGGUGGAGUACCUCUGGAGGUGGCUUCAGAAGAACCAUAUGAAGGUCUUCCUGCCAGAAACCAUCAUAUGUGCUGGACCUCAGUCUCUAGCAGGGCGCUCUGUCAUGUCACUGACAGAUAGUGAUCUAAAGCUUCAGUCUUAA